UACUAGGUGUACUGGGAGGAGAGGACAGUGCUGGGAGGCUGUACUAGGUGUACUGGGAGGAGAGGACAGUGCUGGGAGGCUGUACUAGGUGUACUGGGAGGAGAGGAUAGUACUGGGAGGAGAGGCCAGUGCUGGGAGGCUGUACUGGGUGUACUGGGAGGAGAGGCCAGUGCUGGGAGGCUGUACUAGGUGUACUGGGAGGAGAGGCCAGUGCUGGGAGGCUGUACUAGGUGUACUGGGAGGAGAGGCCAGUGCUGGGAGGCUGUACUAGGUGUACUGGGAGGCUGUACUGGGAGGGCAGAGCUCUCUAUAUAAUGCAGUUCUCGUCAGCAGGAAGUGAUUCUCUGUUGCAGAGUUCCCAAGUCUCUGAAGUCUUCAUCCUCUUCCUCCUCCUCGUCUUCCUGUGAUUCGCAGCCAUGGGGCAGAUAGAAUGGGCGAUGUGGGCGAACGAGCAGGCGCUGGCAUCAGGACUGAUCCUCCUCUCUGGCGGAAUUGUUGCGGUUGCCGGACAGUUUAAAGGUUGGCAGUUUGGAGCUUAUGCGAUAGCUGCCGGAGUGUUCAUUAGUCUGCUGGAAUAUCCUCGAAGUAAAAGGAAGAAGGGGUCCACCAUGGAGAGAUGUGGACAGCAGUGCCUGAGUACGGUGGUGAAAGCGUUUGGUCCGCUCACUCGCAAUUAUUACGUCCGUGCUAUUUUACAUGCAGGCUUGGCGGUCCCCGGAGGCUUCAUCCUGGCCACCAUCUUGGGCACAGUUUGUCUUGGUAUCGCAGCCAUCAUUUAUCUGCUGGCAGCGAUAUGUGGAGAGGAAUGGCGCCCCAUCGAGGCUCAAGCACCACCCAAGCUGAAGGUGGCCGAGACCAUUAGACGCCCCCCAGAGAACCCCCCUCCUCGCCCCCCCCCGGAGGUCCGCAGGAAGCAGGUGGAUGAGGGCCACGUCAACCCCAUUCCAGUGGAGGAUGAAGUAUGACUGCCAGCCACGUACGGGACGUUUGAUAAGGGGACGAGGACGAUGGACGGAUGAUCUGACCAACUGCUUGACGCUUCCCAGACCCCUCCCCCAGCGCAGCCCUGUCCGUCAUUUCACGUCCGCUCCGUGGGUGAGAGAUUGGACCCGGUCAUAAAAAAGGCGAAGGCAAAGUCCGUUCUUACCCACAAGCAGGAGUUCUUCUCGUCAGUAUUCGGAGCAUCUGUGGGUUCUCGUGUCCGUCUGUGUAGCCGUCAUUUCUGGAUUAGUCCCAUCAUGGCCGCUCUCCAGGGCAGUAGUGGUCUCCAAUCCGUGGCUCUCCAUCGGCUGUGAAACUACAACUCCCAGCAUAUCACAGGAGGACGAUCAGCUAUUAAAUGAAUAAUAGCCGGUUACCCUGCCCCCGCCGUGCCGCCAUUCUGCCCGUGUGCCCGGUCCAUGCAGCUAGCGUUAUCUCAUAUACACUGUAUAUAGUCGCUUUCCAAAUAUCAUGUCAUUAAAGCUUUAUAGAAAUUA